AUGAUAGAUCCCCCAGGAUUAAAUAGUAAUAACAGUAAUAAUACCACCACAACAACAACAACUACAACACCAUCACCAAAUAAUAAUAAAAAAAUUAAAAAAAAUGAAAUAAUUAAUAAUAAUAAUAAUAACUCAGAAGAUGAAGAUAAUGAUGAAGAAUCAUCAGGAUCAAGUGACGGAGGUGGUAAAAAAAAGAAAAAAGGAAAAAAGAAAAAGGAAAGAAAAAGAUUAAGAAAAUUAGUUGAACAACAGCAAUUACAAAUUGAACAACUUGAAAAAGAGAGAUAUCAACAACAAUUACAUAUCUCUCAAUUAAGUAGUAUAGAUGAGAAUGGUGAAACCAUGAAUCAAAAUAGUAAUACCGAUUACAAUUAUACUGAUAUUACAAUACCACCACCCACAAGUACAAAUCCAUUAAUAGCAGAGAAUGAUAUUAAUUGGUUCAUACAGCAACAAAAUCAACAACAACAACAAAAUCAACAACAACAAAACCAACUACCAGCAUCAACAGUAUCAUCAAUGGGUAGUAGUUCAUUAUUACUUCCACCACCACCACAAAAACUUGUUCAAAAAAUUAAACCUAAAAAAGGUAGUAUCUAUGAUAAUGAAAUUCAAGCAUUUGGUAAAAGAAGACCAAAUAGUAGUGUUGUAAAUUAUAAUGAUAAUAGUGAUGAUAAUAAUAAUAAUAAUUAUAGAAAUAAUAAUAAAAAUAGUAGUAAUAAUAAUAAUAAUAAUAAUAAUAAUAAUAAUAAUAAUUAUGAUAGUAGUGGUGGUGAGAAUAGUAAUAAUAAUAAAAAUAAAUUAAAAAGUAGAAAAUGGAUAUUUGGUAAAGGUAGUGGAAGUGAAACAGAAAAGAAAGUAUCAUUAUCAGCUAUUGCAGCAGCAGAAGGUAAAAAGAUUCCAGUUUGGAGAAAAGUUUUAAGUGAUGAUUCAAAAUUAUUUUCAAAUGAAAGAACUUGGAUGAGUUGGGUAGGUACAACCUUUUCAUUGGGUGCAAUUGGUACAUCUAUCAUUACCUUUUUCGGAACAGAAUCAUUAUCACUCUUCACUGGUCUAUGUCUUUGGAUCAUUGCAUUGGGUUUUUUGGUUUACAGUUAUAUCAUUUUCAGAUUACGUAGAAGAGCAAUCCUAACCAAAGGUAAAGGUCCAUUUGAUGAUCGUUAUGGUCCAAUUGCUUUAGUUGUAAUGGUAAUGCUUUCAAUUACAUUAUUUUUAGUUUUCUUUAUUAUUAAAAAACCAGAACCAUUAGCUGGUAAAAAGUAA